AUCCUUCAUGACCUCUCCGCUCGCUCGGGCAUCUCGAUCGCUUCUUUCUUCUUUCCGCGCGAGACCGAUUCCUGCCCGACUUAUUCACGCUGCGCCUUGCUCGACGAUCGCGAUGGAAAAUACUCGGUUUGGAAAGUUUGAGGCUGCGCCUUUGCAAGCGAACUUUAUCCCUAGUUUGCAACAACCGACUCAACAAGUUCUCUGGAUUGGAUGCUCGGAUAGCGGAUUUCAAGAAACGACAAUUCUCGAUCUCCUUCCUGACGAAAUGAUGGUACACCGGAAUAUUGGCAACAUGAUUAUUGAGGGCGAUUUAUCUUCUGAGACUGCUGUGAGAUAUGCUGUCUCUGUUCUUGGAGUGAAACAUAUAGUCGUCUGUGGACAUUACGGAUGUCAAAUAGUGAAGGCUGCGUCAAGGAAUGGAUUGCAGGGACCAUGGCUAAGCAAGCUUGAUUCUCUACACUCGUCCCACAAAGAUACCAUCGAUCGACUCCCCGAAGCAGAAUCCGAUCGCGCGUUUGUCAAGUUAAAUGUUCUGGAUCAGUUGCGCUCUUUGCGUCAAUUCCCCGAGGUUUACGAUGCGGCGAAGUCGGGUAGCUUGCAAUUACAUGGAAUUGUAUACGAUACGCAUACUGGGGAGGCAACUCGGUUGCUUGAGGGCCCCGAGUGUCGGAUUUGACGAUCAUGCAUAUAUAUGUAUAUAUAU